AUGAACUCCACGUCCGAAAAGCGCAAAACGCAGAUUGAUUUCGAUAGACUGAAACUCGAUCCACCUCUCGAGAGUGGCGUCCUAGGGAAAGCUACAAAAGGCCUUACGGGAGGAUACAAUAGUGGUAACCGCGCAAAUACCAAACAAGGUUCUCUGAAGACCAGAAAGAGCAGUCUCUCUGCGGAGGGGAUGACCGAGCGCAGAGAUACACAGUCGGGCACCUUGACACGGAAAGAUUCUUUCUCAAGCCUUGCCUUGGUGAAGAGUUUUAUAGGAUCGAGUGUUGAGGAUAAGCUUCAUGAGGGUUGCUACGUCGUUUUUGAAUACAUGGCGUAUUCUCUCUACUACGUCGCCGGCAAUCCUUGUCUUGAUAAGAUUCGAUUGGCGGCAAUAGUUGGACAACAAGCUAAGAAUGCUGCGAGUUGCACCCAUACGGCAGCGCCGAAUCUCGACAUAUUAGGGCACUAG